AUGCCUGGGCACAACGAAAUCGUAGGAAAUGUUAAUCCGAUGAGCUCGCAAGAAAAAGCGCCCAUACGUAAAAUCCAUCAGGAUGACCACGAGCUGAGCUUAUCCUUUCUUCGCAUACUCAAGCUUCACUCGAGCUCCUCCAAUGAAAAGACUUUUGGCUCAGAGUGGAAUGUAAAAGGCAGUGAGUUCGACUACGAGCAUCAAUCCAAAUGGUAUGACGAUUUUCGGCAAUGCAGCUUUAAUCGUCAAUCACCGAUUGAACUAAACUCUAAUGAGGCCGUUAUAUCAUAUGACCUACCGUCGUUGAAAUUCAUACACUUUGACGUGCCCUACAAGAAAGCGGUGCGAAGUGAGAAUAACGGACACACGGCGAAUAUACAAUUGCCCACGACGAGACUCGAUAGCGCUUACAUCGUUGGCGGGCCACUGCAGAACGGCACGACUUACAUAAUGGAGAGUUUGCACUUUCAUUGGGGUUCCAUCGACUCGCAUGGCUCCGAGCAUGUGCUCGACAGUGAACGCUACUCGAUGGAAAUGCAUUUGCUGCAUCGGAAUAUCAAAUAUGCGACAGUGGAGGAAGCGCGCGAACACGAAGACGGCUUGGCUGUGCUGGCCGUGCUGUACGCGGUGAAUGAAAAUGUCACAGAGGAUUUCGUCGGCUUGAAUGAAGUCAUAAAUGUUUUGGAAUCCAUUUCCGAAUUCAAUCGCUCCACAGAAAUUGACAAUUUUCUGCUCUCCGUUUUACUAGGCGACAUGGAUGUUGAUGAGUUUUACACUUACGCUGGCUCGCUGACUACGCCGCCCUGCUCGCAGGCCGUCACUUGGGUGGUGUUCUCGCAUCCCAUCACAAUUACGCCCAGCCAAAUGGAGCGCUUCCGCCGGCUGUCCGAUGGUCAUGGCGCUACAUUGGAGAACAAUUAUCGCGCGCUGCAGGCGAAGGGUAAUCGAAGCGUUGUUCUGCGUCAAAAACGCAGAGUGCUGGAGUCCUCGGUGCAAUCGGCGCUCUAUUGGGAGCUGUUGAAUAAACUCAAGCCGCAGGGAGAGCCAGUUGCGAAUGAUGGUGAUGAUGGAAAGUGA